GUAUGCGCUGGCAGCUGAAGUGGGGCCGAGCGUCGGGCCUGGUGGGAGCUGGCAUCGGGUCCUGGCUAUGGCUGAUCGCGGGGCUCUGCUUGUGGGCGUGCUGCCUCUGCAGGGCCUUCCCCUUUUGUUUUUCCUCACGGCUGAACCGCUCGAUUGUGGUUCCGUGAGCGCAACGUGAGAGGCUCUCCCGGUAACGGCUCCGGUAGGAGUGCGGCCUUACACACACGAUGCGCCCUCCAACGUGACAAAGAGCUCAGCGCCUUUUUGUAUCUCUGAGGGCGCCGACGGCUGCGGAUGGCUCCGACGUGUAAGCGGCGUGUAAGCGGGAAGGCUUUGGCAAACGGCUCAGUUGGAGUGAGUGAGCCGGAGCCCUCCCUCAGCACGGCGCGGGGCCGCUCGGCCGUUUACCAGGUCUUUGAAAACGUGGCCGAGAAGUACGAUGUAAUGAACGACUCGAUGUCCCUGGGGAUCCAUCGGGUGUGGAAGGACAUCCUCGUGCACAAAAUGAAUCCUUCCCCAGGAACGCUCCUUGUGGAUGUUGCUGGUGGAACAGGUGACAUUGCCUUUCGAUUCCUUAAUUAUGUGCGUUCUGUACGAGAACGCCAGCUCCAGCAGAAGCUGAGGCACCAUCAGAAUUUGUCGUGGCAGGAAAUUUCUAAGAGUUACCAGGAAGAAAAAAGUAACCCAUUGGGGGAUUCCCAGGUUGUGGUCUGUGACAUUAACAAAGAAAUGUUAAAAGCUGGGAAGAAGAGGGCACAGCAUCUUGGCUACUCUGAAGGUUUGUCCUGGGUGCUUGGGAAUGCUGAAGAGUUGCCCUUUGAUGAUGACAAGUUUGAUGUUUACACAAUUGCCUUUGGAAUAAGAAAUGUUACUCGUAUUGAUUUGGCACUUCAGGAGGCCUAUCGUGUGCUGAAGCCAGGAGGGAGAUUUCUCUGCCUUGAAUUUAGUCAUGUCAGCAAUCCUCUUCUUUCCAGGCUCUAUGAUCUAUACAGUUUCCAGGUUAUCCCUGUUCUGGGUGAGGUUAUUGCUGGUGACUGGAAGUCUUACCAGUAUCUUGUGGAGAGCAUCCGGCGCUUCCCCCCUCAGGAGGAGCUGAAGGCAAUGAUAGAAGAUGCAGGGUUUUUAAAAGUGGAUUAUCAGAACUUAAACUCCGGCAUUGUUGCCAUUCACUCAGGUUUCAAACUGUGAGCCUGCUAUGUCGUGAAACACAGCAAGUAUAAUUUUCCUGAGGGAUCUGAAAGCUCUGGGAUUGUAACAUGUGCAGCAGAUGCUCGCUCAGCAGUCAGAUCCAGAAGGACAUCACUUAUUCUGUUCCCCUCAAGAGACCUGAGGGUGAAUUGAAUUCUGCGGCCAGUCUCUUACCCUUGAAUUUCCCUUCCAAGUGCAUAAAGGACAUGGACAAAACUGAGCAGUGCUAAUGAAGGGGGCAGCUUCAGUCACACCUGCUGUGGAUACAAACAGACUAUCUAGUCUUCAAAUAAGAUUCCUCCUUUCUCUUACUGAGGUUCAAGGAGGCUACUGUAGCAAUGAGAAGUAACUUGGAUUUAUUAAAUCUGUAUUAAGCUGAUUGUCUUUCAGUCAUAUGGACUUUAAUGGACUUUUCUGUGUUCUUUUGACUUCUCUCAAACAAAUGAAAGGCUUAUGAAAUAAAACAGCUCUCCAUCGA